CAUUCAUUUCGCAACUUGUCUCUAUCGAAAACAACCAAAAACCUCCAUUCCACCAGUCCCCUCAGCAAUCCCACCAAGCCCUCGUUAUUUUCCCCUAAACUAAACCCUCAAAUCCCUAAAUUUUCGAUUCCCGAUUCGGCAAUGAAACGCCCACUAGCAGUCGCCGGGGACAGCAAUAUGAACAAAAAGCUCAAGCAAGAAGAAGAAGAAAUGUCAAAAGAAGCUGAGGCAGUACUACUAGACGACAAUCUGUUGACCGAGGUUCUGAAACAUGUCGACGACGGACGUACGUUAGCCUCUGCCGCGUGCGUUAGCAAGCAGUGGAAGCGGACGGCACACGACGAUCAGCUCUGGGAGUUGAUCUGCACCAAGCAUUACAACCGCACCCCUCUACAGCUCCGCACCGUUGUGCUGGCGCUCGGUGGCUUCCGACGGCUCUACUCCAGCUACCUCUGGCCUCUUCUUAAGCCGUCUUCUUCGUCUUCCUCUUCUCCGCCGACUGUUUCCGCUUGGCCUUGCCUUCCGCCUGCUCCGGCGGCGGUGCCGACACGAUCGAAGGCUCGAUGGGGAAAGGAUGAGGUGAAUCUUUCACUUUCUUUACUCUCGAUCAAGUACUUCGAGAAAAUGAGUUUCAAUAAUCGAGGAAAAUAAUCAUAUUUCAUAAUUAAUUAAUUAAUUUACUAAUAUUUCUUUGUACUGAAUUUAAUUUCGCUGUGAAAUUUACAUCCCAGAUUUCAGUUUUAAUUAUUGUGAUUUGUGAUGUAAUAUUUGAGAUUGUUGUGUGUCAGAUCUAUAUUAUCGUCCUUUUCGUUGUUGGUUUUUGUAAAUAGAAUGAGGGUACCAUACAUGGUGCUUAAUGUACAACUGUUGAUCUGGUGAUUAUUUGAUGAAACUUUACUGUCAUGAAA